CUGAAAUGGAUCGCUCCACAAGCACCGACCUGAGCUUGACUUAUGGAAGGCAGACGCCACGCAAGCCGCCGCAUCGCGUCAUCUUCGAGGUGGCCGUUGAUACGGAGACGCAACCAUCGCCGCGUCCCGAAGAUAACGGCGCUGAGUUUCGUCGCUUUGAGCUGACCGUUCCAGAUCCGAACGACAAGCGCCUGAUGAUCAUCUCGUUGAUGAAUGGCCCAGCCGAUCCCAAUUUCCGUUCACUGAUGGGCGAGCUGCGCUACAGCCUGGAUAAGGUGCGGCGCGAAGAGGCCGAGGCCGAGGCCGCGGAGAAGGCAAAGGCCGAGGCAGAGGCGAAGGCAAAGGCCGAGGCAGAGGCGAAGGCUAAGGCCGAAGCAGCGGCGAAGGCGAGGGCCGAGUCAGAGGCAAAAGCAAAGGCCGAGACAGCGGCAAAGGGAAAAGCCGAGAAGAAAGCAAACAAGGCCGAAGCCAAGGAGAAGGCCAAAGCUGAGGCAGAAGCGGAUGCAAAAGCCGAGGCAGAAGCGAAGCUGAAGGCCGAGGCAGAGGCGAAGAUAAAGGCCGAGGCAGAGGCGAAGGCGAAGGCCGAAAAGAUGGCAAAGCUCGAGGCAAAGGAGAAGGCAAAAGCCGAGGCCAAGGCGCUGGUAAAGGCGAGGGCCGAGGCGAAGGCUGUGGCGAAGGCAAAGGCUAAGGCCGCGGAGAAGGCAAAGGCGAAGGCCGAGGUGAUGGCUAAGGCGAAAGCCGAGGUGAAGGCCAAAGCCGAGGCGAAGGCCAAAGCCGAGGCAAAGGCCAAAGCCGAUGCGAAGGCCAAAGCCGAGGCGGCCAAGAACCGCUCGAGCCGUCGAUCGCGUCGCGCACGCAAGGCGGGCUCCUCCGCAUCCUAGACUAAGCGGG